AUGUUUGGGUCAUCCAGUCAUCCCUCCUACAGCACCAUCAUCAAUCUGAAAACCACAACUCCUGCACAUGCCUUUGAACUGUCAGACCUGAUCAUCAUCCCCGGACUGGCACAGACAUUUGUUAUAUUUCCUUCUGUAGAGCAGCCCCGCUUUGCUGGGUAUACUGACUUUAUCAUUCCCUGGGUAGCGAGUGAGGAAGAUAACUUUCUUCUCUCACUUCCCCUUGCUGCUCAGCUGGAAUCCCUAUUGCAAUCCGCUUUGCCGGGUUCCCCCAUUGAGACUGAUCCUGUCCCCCUCAGCCUCAGCUCCAGCGAAGGCUCGGGAUCCCUUGACUUAGAGUCCAAGCAGCUCGGUACCCUGACAUGA